GCCGGGGUGAAGCGAGGGGCCGGUGGAAGAGUCGAGGAUCUUCUGCCGCUGGGGCCGGCGCGGAGCGGAACCCGCGGGAGGAGCGCGGGGCGGAGCGGAACGCGGCCCCGCCGCUGCCUGGAUGCCAGAGGCGCCUCGGGAGCCGGCGGCCGGCGGCACCCAGGAGGGCCCGGGAAAGGAAGAAGAGGCGGUGGAGGAGGAGGAGGACUCCGGGUGCGAAGGGGAGAAAGCAGACAGCGCUGGCCAUGGCCUCCAACUUUAACGAUAUAGUCAAACAGGGCUACGUGAAAAUUCGCAGCAGGAAGCUGGGGAUUUUCAGGCGAUGUUGGUUGGUUUUCAAGAAGGCUUCCAGUAAAGGACCCAGGAGGCUAGAAAAGUUUCCAGAUGAGAAGGCAGCAUAUUUCAGGAAUUUCCACAAGGUAACUGAGCUGCACAACAUCAAAAACAUAACUAGAUUGCCUCGAGAGACAAAGAAGCAUGCAGUGGCGAUUAUCUUUCAUGAUGAGACGUCAAAGACAUUUGCGUGUGAGUCAGAACUAGAGGCAGAAGAAUGGUGCAAACAUCUUUGCAUGGAGUGUCUAGGAACCAGGCUUAACGAUAUAAGUCUUGGAGAACCAGACUUGCUUGCAGCUGGAGUCCAGAGAGAACAAAAUGAGCGAUUCAAUGUAUAUCUUAUGCCUACACCAAAUUUAGAUAUCUAUGGGGAAUGUACAAUGCAGAUCACACAUGAAAACAUCUAUCUCUGGGACAUCCACAAUGCCAAGGUCAAGUUGGUCAUGUGGCCUCUGAGCUCUUUGAGGAGAUAUGGACGUGACUCAACAUGGUUCACGUUUGAAUCUGGAAGGAUGUGUGACACAGGAGAAGGGCUGUUCACCUUUCAGACACGAGAAGGAGAAAUGAUAUAUCAAAAAGUUCAUUCUGCAACGCUGGCAAUAGCAGAGCAACAUGAAAGAUUAAUGAUGGAGAUGGAGCAGAAGGCACGGCUCCAGACCAGUCUGUCUGAACCAAUGACAUUAUCCAAGUCAAUCUCACUUCCUCGUAGUGCGUAUUGGCAUCAUAUCACUCGACAGAACAGCGUUGGAGAAAUCUACAGUUUACAAGGUCAUAGCCUGGGCUCAACAAAGGUGUCCCGGGCACAGACAUUUCCCAGCUACACCUCGGAGCAGGGUGAGGAGCACCAGCAGUCCCUCUCACUGGCCAGCAGCUACACCUUCAGCUAUGGCUCGGGCCUCGUGCAAUGACAGCCAGGGGUGGCUGGCCAAGAGAGACAGUCAAGCCUGGAACCUGCCGCCAGGGCCAGGGAGCAGCGUGCACCUCCACACCCACAAUUGCCAUGAAAACUGAGGCCUACCAGCUCCAGCCCGGCCACCCUGAAGAUGGGAACCUGGAGAGGCAGCUUCCCUGAAGCAGAGGCUAAGUCUUUAUUUAUUUGUUUUGCCAUUCCUUCUGUCAAUAUGUUUAGGAUGGAGGUGGU